AAAUAUUUUUUUUUGAAAAAAAAAAUGGCUCCUUUAUAAAUAUCCCAUUUUUUUUAGAGCUGUUACAUAGUGUGUGCCUCGCUUCUAUCGUCACCGACUCGGUUGCUAUCAGCGAGUGAGGGGUUUCUGCAGCAACAAGGUUUAGCCACUCCAAACAAGAGAAAUGGGUCGUGGGGUCAGUGCUGGCGGUGGUCAGAGUUCCUUGGGUUAUCUCUUUGGCAGUGGAGAGGCUCCUAGUGCCAGCAAUGUCCAAAGUGCGAACAAUCAAGGUCAGCCUGCAACUGGUGCACGCACUCAAAAUGCCAGUGCUCCUUCUCCACCACCAGUUGAGAAGCAAAGUCCAGCACCAAUUGAUAAGCAAAUUCCAGCUGGAAUUCCUGGGAGUCUCAAAAACAAUUACCACCGUGCUGAUGGCCAAAAUUGUGGCAACUUUCUCACUGAUCGGCCAUCUACCAAGGUUCAUGCUGCCCCAGGUGGUGGAUCUUCCUUGGGUUACCUCUUUGGUGGUCCACCAGGGAACUAAUUCAUCAAUGUGAUUCAAAUCUACCAUGUGAUGUAUCAUGUGUAAAAUAGAUAGUGUUGCCUUGUGUUUUAGACCAGUGCACUUGCUUGUUGUGCAAUUGAACCUCUUGACAGUGCUGGUGUGGCUUGAUGGCCCAAACUAAGCUGAUUCAUAGGUCUGUUAUUCUGUUCUUUGUGUGGGUUUCGGUUAAUGAAAUUUACUGUUGGUAUGAGCUAAAGUGGCUCAUAAUUAUUCUCCUAUC